GGGCCUGGCUGCCGCGCGGGGCUGCCGGGCGGCCGGGCUGGCGGGCUCUUGGCGCAGGUGGCUCCUCCUCCGCCUCUCUCGAGCCGCAGGCACCGAGCCGGCUGCGGUGGGAGCGCCUUUGUGCCUGGCUCUGGGGUCCCGCGACGGCCGCUGCGCGCCCAGGUCCAUUGUUUCGCUGGUCCGCCUCUUCCCGGCAGGUGCCGGCGGCGCGCGGGGGCCGCACGUGCCGGAGCGGCGGUCGGAACGCAGAGACCCGCGGGCGCCGGCAGGGGCGUCCUCGGGCACGCGGCGGGGGAUGAAGUACUUGAAGCCCUGGUGGUCGGACGGCGGCGGCCUCCUGCAUCUCACCAUCCUGCUGAGCUUGGCGGGGCUCCGCGUGGAUCUGGACCUGGACCUCUACCUGCUGCUCCCGCCGCGCACCCUGCUCGGAGAUGAACUGCUGCUCCCCGGCGGCUCAACGAGCCCCGCCUACGCGCUCAGCCCCUUCCCGGCCUUGGGAGGAUGGGGGCGAGCCGAGCCCCUGCACCCCAAGGGCCGGGAGCGGGACCCCGCGGCGCCGCCGGAGGGCCAGCUGCUUCGGGAGAUCCGUGCGCUGGGGGUGCCUUUCAUCCCGCGCACCCGAGUGGAUGCGUGGCUGGUGCACAGCGUGGCGGCUGGGGACGGGGACGGAGCCCACGCGCUUCUCGGCGCCGCCGCAGCCUCGUCGGCCGGAGGAGUGGGCGCCAGCGUGGAUGGUGUUAGCCAGGCUGCGCCCGGUGGCGGCGGGGACCCCCGAGCGGCUCCGAGUAGCCCUUUGGCCGCCGGGGAGGAGGAGAAGACACCCGCGGAACCGACGGCUCAAGUGUCGGACGCCGGCGGCCACGCGAGCGAGGAGAACGAGGGACUAAGAACUGCGGAACGUGGUUCCCAGCAUGGGGAAAAUGAGCGAAGAGCAUCAGCCCAGAAGGAGAAAUCACUACAACAGAAGACUGAAGAUGAAAAGAAAACAGCAGAAAGACCUGCCUGGGAGGCCGAGAAGACCGCAGAAUCUAGAAAUGAGAGACAUCAAAAUGGAACGGAAACAUCUUUUUCUCUGGAAGACUUAUUUCAGUUGCUUUCCUCACAACCUGAAAAUCUGCUGGAGGGCAUCUCACUGGGAGAUAUUAUUCCUCCUCUUCCAGGAAGUAUCAAUGAUGGCAUGAAUUCUCCUACACAUAACUUUAGCCAGGCUAUAAGUCAAGAUGUGAAUCUCCAUGAGGCCAUGUUGCUGUGUCCUGACAAUGUUUUCAGAAGCGAUCCAGCACCACGGAUUUCACAGCCACAAGAACCAUUUCUGCAGUUAAAUUCUACUUUUAAUCCUGAACAGCCCUUUCCUGGAACUAAUUUGACAGGAUUUCUUCCACUUGACAGUCAGGAUCUUCUAUAUGACCUUGAUAUAAACAUAUUUGAUGAGAUAAACUUAAUGUCCUUGGCCACAGAAGGCAGCUUUGAUCCCAUGGAAGUUUCUCAGCUUUUUGAAGAACCAGAUUCUGAUUCUGGACUUUCCUUAAACUCGAGCCUCAGUAGCACCUCUGUCACCAAGUCUAAUUCCUCUCACUCUAUAUGUGAAGGUGCUAUAGGUUAUAGUAGUGACCUUGAAUCUCUUUCCCAACAUGAUUUUGAAGGGGCUGUAGGCGGCUAUCAUGCAGAGCCCAGUAAGCUUUGUCACACAGAUCAGAGGAGUGUUUCUCACUUUCAUGAGGCCCUUGCAUUUCAACACAUAUUACACAACCACACUUACCACAUACAGCCAAGUGCACCAGAAUCCAAUUCUCAAUCUUUCUCAUGGCCUGGGAAAUCACAGAAAAUAAGGAGCAGGUGCCACAACGAUACAGACAGAAACUUAAGCCGUGAUGAACGGCGCGCUAAAGCUCUGCACAUCCCUUUUUCAGUGGAUGAAAUUGUCCGCAUGCCUGUAGAGUCUUUCAACGGUAUGCUAAGCAGACACUACCUGACAGAUUUACAGUUGUCACUUAUCCGUGAUAUUAGACGAAGAGGGAAAAAUAAAGUUGCUGCUCAGAACUGCCGUAAGCGCAAAUUGGAUGUACUUUUGAAUCUGGAAGAUGACGUAUGUAACUUGCAAGCUAAAAAGGAAACCCUUAAAAGAGAGCGAAUCCAGUGUCAUAAGGCUAUAAACAUAAUGAGACAGAAACUGCAUGACCUUUAUCAUGAUGUUUUUAGUAGAUUAAGAGAUGAUGAAGGUAGGCCAGUCAAUCCAAGCCAGUAUGCUCUUCAAUGCAGUCAAGAUGGAAGCGUUUUGAUUGUACCCAAGGAGUUGGUGACCUCGGGCCACAAAAAGGAAAACGAAAAGGGAAAACGAAAACGUGAAAAAAAUUGAAGACGGAUUCCACUAGUAUGCACAAAGUAGUAAUGUUCAGAAAGUGAUACAAUGGGCCACACACCAUUCAAUCUGCUUCAAGGCCUAGCUCAUUUUCAGUAUCUUUGUAAGUAAUGCUACUUAAGUCAGUCUGGUGAAGGCUACACUUUGAAGCUAUAUGGAUACGCUUAGGAUUUCAUUAUAACCUGGGGGAAACAACUUUUCAUGAAAUCCUCUUAAUAGUAUGUACAAACAGGGUGACACGAAAACUUCAUUAACAAUCCACUUUUGUGAGCUAGUCACUUCAAGGAGAGCAAACACCAUUUUCAUUUAGUUAGCCCUUAAGUAUAGUGAUUUCAGAAGCUAUUUUAGAUUAUUAUUAAUACUUUUUCUGUGGAAAUAAAUUUUAUACCUGAAUUUAAAAAGUACUAACUUCCCUUUUGUACAGAAAUUCCAAGCAGAUUUAUCUGGGAUUUUUUUUCUUCUCCAAAAUACCCACAAGUAGUAUAGGUGAAUACCUAACAAUUAGAGCAGCAUAACAUUAAAAUUUUAACACCAAGCUGACAAGUCUAAACACAUAGAACACAAGAGUUUUAAAUGUUUUAAAAAGCCUAUGAGAUGCCAAAAAUUCAGACUUUGAAAUUAAAACAUCUAAAAGUCCAUUUAAGAACCCAAGAAGACUUUAUAACCAAAGCGAAAAUACUGAGGAAAAUGAAAGAUUUUUAGGAUAAAAAGGAUGAGAAUGACCUAGUCAUUUAUCCUAGUGAUUAUGGCACUUGAAACAACUCAAGCUAACUUUAGGAAAUUGUUUCCAGUUUAACUGCCCAGAUUGUAUCAGGUGUCUUGUCAUUAGAAUCACUUCAGGUUACAUAAAUGCAUAGAAAUUUGUUUAGAGCCCUAACAAAAUGCUUUUGAUUACUUUUAAACCAGUUCUGUACAACUAUGUUCAAAAGAUGUUUUAACAGGUUGGCUUUUUGCAAGGGUUCACACCUUAGAUGUCUUAAACACAGAGCUUCAAGGCAGAUGACCACCACAAAUUUCAAGUCCACAAUGUAAAAUGCUACAGAAUUAAUUUAAGUGAAUGUCUGCUCAUCAAGCACAACAUUCUACCCAAAUACCUGAAAAUUAGACAAGAGAACACUACAUCACUAAGAGAAGGGAGAGUAGAGAGCUAGGAUGACUCUUAAGAUUUGAGAGGUAGGUUUUUGGUGCAUUGUGACCAGUUUUCAGUAUCCAGCUGCACAUCACUUAGAACAGGGUAGUUUCCAGCUACCUUGCCCAACAAAAACCAUUGGACUUUACAGUACAAACUGAAGCUUACUCUCCAUCACUGAUAACAUUUCAGUGGAACGGCACACCAUGACUUUAAAAUCACUAUUUUUAGAAAUAUUAUGGGAGUUGAAAAGGCUGUUGUGAAAAGGGGUAUAAUCUGUUUCUCAAUUUACCUCUAUGCAGUUUAUGGAAACUUGGGUAAAUCUGUUGGCUACCUGACCCAUUCCUAGCAAGUAAUCAUGUCAAGUCUUCUCAAUCUGAAAACAUGGAUGCAUAAAGACUUGAAUAGAGAUGGUCUGUUAAGUACCAAGUACCCAGCUGUCUCCAGGUAUUUGUUUAGGGAUUUAAAGACUAACUCUCACAUCUGGUAGUUUAUCAGCCUCUGUGAAGUACAUUUUCUGCUAGUCGUCGUCUUCCCUCCUGAGUUCAGUGUACUAGCCCAAAUUCACAUUUCAUUUGAAUUGUUCCCAACAUAGAAGUAACCUUACCUUCCAGACAUCUUUCCUGUUUAAAAAAAAAAAAAAAAUCCACAUCGGUUGAACUAUUUUAAUGUGAGAUCUGGUUCAGCAUUUUGUCCUUCUCCUAGUACAACAUUCCAGCGGCCAUCCCCAGACCAGUUUACAUCCUCACAGGUGAAAUUAGAUCUAUACCAAUCAAUGUGUGCUGAAUGACAGCAGGAGCAUUUGGGUUGGUUUCAAGGCAGCUCCAGCACGGACAUACAUAACCAGAAGCCAGCCAAUUUUCCAAAAUUCCUAGCAUUUAGCAUUUUUCCGGUUACUUUUAAAAGUUGUUUCAAUGGCAGGAUCAGUCCCACCCCCCACAUCUUUUCAGAUAUGAAUUAGUAACUGGACAACAAGGUAAGAGCAGUGAUAGCAUUCAAGUUGGAGUCCCAACUAAAGACUGUACAGCUGAAGUGUAUACAUGGACUUUGGGUACAAAGAUUAGUAAUGUUUCUUUCCUUUCUCCAAAAGCAUAGACAUAGACAAGUUUGAGCUAGCAAAUAAACACCUCCCUUAACCAGCUCUCAGUACUUAAUACAAAUAGUAAAGUCACUUUCAGAUCAACUUGAACUCAUGCACCCAACUGGGCUGUUAAAAACCACAGAAUAUUCCCCUUUUCAAGGUCGUUCCUAAGUUUAACACCCUGGGUAUGUGAGCCAGCCCCCAAGAUGGGCUCCCAAACACUUCUUGGAUCUUGUAAUCUCCCCAUCCAUAGCAGGAAAGCAACUUUUUAAACACACUGGCUGUUAUUUUGAGGGCUCCUUUGUUGCUUCACCAACCUGCCAGACAGUAGGCCAUUUUAGAUGUUGUAUUUCCCAGCCCCAGUCAUUUUCUGAAUGCAAUCCUAAGCUUCAGCUAUCACCACAUGGCCAAGUUGCUGAUCUCCCCUGUAAGGUACCUAGUGUCUUGUGCUCUAAGCUGCCCUAAGAAUUGGCUUUAAAUGUACUCUACAGCAGUAAGGGUUAGCCCAAGGUGGAAAACAGCACACCCUGAUGUAGCUCUUUUACAACAAAACGGAUUUCAAUUUCUCUAAGAUUAGUUCAACACAACAUACACACAUAGGAAAAAAGUAUUCAAUAUUACUGCAUUUCAGUAAGCUAGUUCAUUUCAACCUAUUAACAUGUUCCCCCUGUUACUAUACCAACUUCAUUAUCUUCAAGUUUGAACUUCUUUGUAUAGCUAGACAUUUUAAUGCCUUAAAAAUAAGUUGUUUUUCCUAAUAAAUCCAAGGCCCAAGUGUAUACGUUUGUUUGAUAAUGCAAAAAAGCACAAUUUUAAUGAGAAAGUUCAUCUUCUGUUGGCCAUCAACUUACCUGUGAUAGCUAUCAAAACCAAAAGGAAUAGUUAAACAAUUUCACCAUGUUUCUUCCCUACUUUUCUGUGUUUUUCCAUUAUUCCAGGUGAACAAGCUGCUGCUUGCUAUUAUUACAUUUUACCCAUCACGUUUAACCCUUUAAAGACGACUGCUUGAUAUUCAGCAUAAAACAAAACAGUUAAUUCACAUUUGAUAUAGUAAGAUUUUUUUUCUCAGUGCUUUGCAAAGCCACUUAUUUUGGACCACUCUAGCUGGUUAAAGUUUUGUAAUGAUUUAAAAACCACCACCAGGAAUGUUAAAUAAACAAGGCAAAGCCAGAAAUCUGUAGUAUUAUUCAAACGCUGAAUAUACAGGGUAUAAAGAAUGGCAUUUUAUUAGGGACAGCCAAUAACGUCCACAAUGCUUUUCUCAUUUGUCUAUCAAUACUGAAAGGAAAAGGGAAUAUGCAUUGCUUUGUGAAACUGUUUUAAAAAUCUAGGGGAUGGCAAUCCUUUAGACAACUCAAUGUUCAUAGAACAAGAAUCACAUUUUAUGUGUAAACAUUACACCAAAUAUUUGAAUACAAAAGUAUUUAUUUUAUAAAACUUUAUAUUUAAAAUAAAUUUUAAUCUCUCUACUCACAAAACCUAGUUCAAAACAUGAUACAUUUCUCUAGCUGAUCUGAUGUUACUUUUACAAACAACACUGAAUUUGUAAUUAUUUUAUAUUAAGAACCUAUACUAAAUAAGUCUUGUUAUUUUAUCAGAAAACAUUUCCCUUUAAUUUUAAAUAGUGCUUUUUUAAAAUGAAGGCACCAACAGAACUACUUUCAGAUGGUACAGAAUUUCUUAUUUCUUGAAGACUCUGUGGUUGACCACUUCUUCAUUAGUUACCUGCAGCAAGACACCUUCCUGCCAAAGGAAAAAAAAAGUAUCUGAAGAAGUUUAUCAUGUUUGUCCAAAGAACCUAAAUAACUUCAGUGGUGGUCUUAGGAUCAAAGAAGACUCACAGGUACAUACAGUAGAGUAUGCCCUGAUCAUCACAUUCCUGAAAAGGCAAUAAAGCCAGGCAAUCAAUCUCUGAUGACAUUUAAGAAAUGAAAUUUCAGCAGCCAACCUAUUAUUCCUCUCCUAUAAGCUAGGGAACUGGGAAAGAAUUACAUUUAAACUCAAGUAUUUAGUACUGGAUACAUACAGGGUUUAUAGGCAUUUUAUUCAUAAAUAUAAAUUAUCUGAAAAUAUUCAGCCGUCUUGCCAUACCUCCUCCUUAGCCUGAUAUCCUGAUAGGCAUGUAAACUAGAACCAUAUCAAAAUAACAGAACAACAAAACAUCUUUAUUUUUAAUAAAAAUCCCUAUUUCACUCAAAAUGCUCGAUAUCCAAGAAAUGUGAAUACACAUGGAUGUAACGAUGGGAAAUUUCAUGAUUUAUUGAACUUGCAGCCUAACUUUUACCUACCAUUUUACUACCAACACCACUGAAGGAACCAAGAAAAGCUUUAUUAAUGAUCACUUGGCUUGCCUCAGCUGUUGAAAUGAAGCACUUUACAGUCUUUGUGGCAGCAGAAUAUACUUGUCCAUGGUUCAUAUCAAUGCUAAAAUUCCAGCAGGGAAAAAAAUGAUAUGUUAAGCACCUGAAUCUUCAUAGAGGGGGAGGGGGAUGGGAAAGGAGGAAAAAAAAGGAAAAACAACCGAAAUAAUUUAAGUAAAUGACAGAUUGGAAAACAGGGUUUAUAAAAUUAUUCUCUUGAGUUUAUAAAUUGUUAAACUCAAUUUAUAAGCUAUGUUAAACUACGUGAGAACCACUAUACUGAAAGAUCAUUGAAGAGUAUUAGUUUAUCUUUUGGGGAGGAGAAUUAAGAAAGGAAAAGUAAAUGAGAUCUUACCUAAAGAAGUUUAACUGAAGCUUAGAACUAUUUUGCUCUACACCCUCAGCUUUCGUUGGCAUCCUUAUAAACUACUGUAGUUAAAGCUUUGUAGAAACAGCACAGUUUCUUAAGACUGGCUGAACUUAGUAGCCGUCAAGAGUUUUCUUGUACUAGACCUGUAUCCCUGAAGAGUACCUCGCUGGGGUUAUUUCCUUUCCUUGCAUUGAAGAAGCAGCAUCUAAAAGAUCUAAAAAGGUGUUUCUCCUUGCAGAGAUAUCCCUUAAGUUAUCUAGGUAAUUUAAUCCUGAUGAAUUGCAGACAACACACUUUUAUCUCUGACCAGCAUUUAUCUUACACAAAUAUAACAACAGCUUUGCAAUGGACCUUAAUUAUACUACCCACUCCUUAACUUAUUUAAAAUAAAAAGUCUAUAAUUACACAAUUUCCUUUAGAAUUAUUUUAUUAAAUCAUAAAUGUACAACAGCUUCUUAACUCUACACACGCACUUAAAUUUUUUUAAAGGAAAAACGUUAUGUCUUAUUACACCAUGAUCCUGGCUAAUAGCUUUUCAAAACUUUGAGAAAAAUCUUAAAAAAGGUUUCACAUGUCACCUGAAACUUACAAAUUUAACAUUAUCAAAGAAGGAAUGCUUCUAUACUCUUACAAAGACCACUAGAAAGAAACAACAAUUAAAAAGCUAAGAAACUGUCUCAAAGGCAUUUUUUUUUUUUUACAAUCCUUCCUCCACAGUAAGGUAAUGUUAUUAAAUAAUCCAAUCCAUUCACAAAAUGGCUCUCUGCAUCUGCUCUGGUGUCUUCUGCCAUAUCACUGCAUAUUUAUGCAUGACUGAGAUAAGAGUUUCCUUAACAUUGUUAUUUCGAUAACCUGAAGCUGUUCUGUUACCUCUGGGCUCUCAUCCUCUCCUAUUUAUACAGUGAAGCCUGUUUCAACAGAAGUAAAGAGUAAAAAAAAAA